GUGGCUACUAUUUUACACAUUCCCUGUUUACGAGGGGCGAAGUGCGUCUGUCUGUAUGAUACGAUAUCUGCUGACUUGCAUCAAUAAAACAUCACAUCCAAAGCAGGACGAACGCUUCGAUUUACGGAACAGAAGACGGUGAUUCACACACAGUCGAACAUGGCCCAGCUUCUAGAGUCUAUGCCCAGUGCCUCCACUGGACAGGUCGUGGUGACAGACCACUUAAAUUUCUGGGGUGGAUGCAGAGUUAAACCCAAGGAUGGAAUUAACGCGGAGCCCGUCCACGAACCUGCAACUGGGCGUAAGCUGUGUGACAUGUUUCCAUGUGGGAAAGAGGAGGUGGACCAGGCCAUCCAAAGUGCACAUGCUGCCUACCUAAAGUGGAGCAAGAUGGCAGGCAUGGAGAGGGCCCGAGUUAUGCUGGAGGCUGCUCGCAUCAUCAGGGAGAGAAGAGACAACAUUGCCAAGUUGGAGGUGAUCAACAAUGGGAAGUCUAUCACAGAGGCCCGGGUGGACAUUGAUGUUUCCUGGCAGACCUUAGAGUACUACGCUGGCAUUGCUGGCACACUGGCAGGCCAGCACAUCCAACUGCCCGGAGGAUCCUUUGCUUACACCAGACGGGAGGCCCUGGGGGUAUGUGUGAGCAUCGGGGCCUGGAACUACCCCUUCCAGAUCGCCUGUUGGAAGUCUGCUCCUGCCCUGGCCUGUGGUAAUGCCAUGGUGUUCAAGCCUUCUCCUUUCACUGCUGUGACCGCCGUGAUUCUGGCUGAGAUCUACAAAGAGGCUGGGGUACCUGAUGGGCUCUUCAACGUGGUGCAGGGUGGGGCGGAGACCGGCACCCUGCUCUGUAAUCACCCCGGCGUGGCUAAGGUGUCCUUCACUGGCAGUGUCCCAACUGGGAAGAAGAUCAUGGAGAUGUCUGCGAAGACUGUAAAGCAGGUGACUCUGGAGCUGGGAGGGAAAUCACCCCUCAUCAUCUUUAAGGACUGUGAGCUGGAGAACGCAGUGAGGGGGGCGCUCAUGGCUAACUUCCUGACUCAGGGAGAGGUGUGCUGUAAUGGGACGCGGGUGUACGUGCAGAGAGAGAUCAUGCCUGUGUUCCUGGAGGAAGUGGUUAAGAGGACCAAGGCCAUCUCAGUAGGGGACCCUCUCCUGGAGAACACCCGCAUGGGAGCCCUGAUCACUAGGCAACACCUGGACAAGGUGCUGGGCUUCGUCAGCCAGGCCAAGACAGAGGGAGCAAAGGUACUCUGUGGAGGGGAAGCCUUUAUCCCGAUUGAACCCAAACUGAAGGGAGGUUACUACAUGUCUCCCUGUGUCCUGGCGGAGCGGUUGGAAAGGACGUGGAGAGCAAUGAGCGGGAUUUCCGACCGCUCAACUCUGCUCACAUACUCUGACAACUGCACAGACGACAUGACGUGUGUGAAGGAGGAGAUCUUUGGGCCUGUAAUGUCAGUGAUGCCCUUUGACACAGAAGAGGAAGUGCUGAAGAGGGCCAACAACACUACAUUCGGCCUGGCCUCUGGAGUCUUUACCAGGGAUAUAUCCCGGGCCCACCGGGUGGCUGAGAACCUGCAGGCUGGAACCUGCUUCAUCAACAACUACAACAUCAGCCCUGUGGAGGUGCCCUUCGGAGGAUACAAGCAGUCUGGUUUUGGCAGGGAGAACGGCCAGGUGACCAUCGAGUACUACUCCCAGCUGAAGACUGUGGUUGUGGAGAUGGGAGACGUGGACGAUUACUUUAAUUGUUAAAUUACCAAUUAAGUGCCAAGGAAAACCAAGACCUAUGCACUACUGUCCUUAAGAUGUUUGGUGUAUUUGUGCAUCUGAGGAAAGUAUCAUUGUUAUUGAUAGUUUAUAACAGGAAGUAACUAACAUGGCUGGUUUGUCUGUACAAUGUGCAAGUAUGAGGAUGUCACCAAGUGCUAAAAAGCCUAGUCUUCACCCACUUGAUCAAUACAUUUUAUACUUUCCAUUUCAGCUGUGAUCCUAGCCAAAGAGUCAAUAUGAAGAAGCGUUCAAACGUUUCCCAUGGUCCGUCACUUUCUAGCACAUGUAUCUCACACUUUAAAUAAACGUUUGUAAUACUCACAGUAUUCCUAUUCCCCCCAAAAUUGUAUUCCAUUUAAUAUGUUUGAUACUUAAGAAUAUAAAAUUCAUUUAAAAA